AGGCGUUCAGCUUCUCCCUUUGCCUUCGCUCCUGUUCAAGUGGGUUGCGAUGUCUUGCCGAUCCUACCACGUCCACUCUGGCGCCAGGGGCCUGAGGAGUUUCAGUUCCUGCUCUGCUGUGAUCCCGAGGAACAUGAAGAGAUGCGCUGUCAGCUCCGUUCCAUGCUGGGGAGGCAGUGGCAUCGGGUACCGAGGGCUGGGAUGCUUCAGCAGCAGAAGCCUCGGCGGCAAUGCCGCCUGCACGCCCAGGAUGGCGAUCGGUAGCUGUCAUCCGUUGCAGUAUGGGUACGGCUAUAGCUCCUCCGGCAUGGGGUUGGGCUACGGAGGCGGUGGCUUUGGCUACAGGGUCGGUGGAGCCUCUGGGGUCUGUACACCCAUUGCCCAGGUCACAGUCAACGAGCAUCUGCUCCAGCCGCUCAAACUGGAGAUGGACCCAAACCUUCACUCUGUGAAGUACCAGGAAAAGGAACAGAUCAAAACCCUCAACGACAAAUUUGCAUCUUUCAUUGACAAGGUCCGAUUCCUGGAGCAGCAGAACAAGGUGCUGGAGACCAAAUGGAGCUUUCUGAAGGAUCAAAAAUGUUACAGGAGCAACAUUCAGCCCAUGUUUGAAACUUAUAUCAGCAACCUGAAGAAGCAGCUGGAUGUUCUGGGAAGUGACAAAGCCAAGCUGGAAACAGAACUGAGCAACAUUCAGGAUGUCCUGGAAGAUUACAAGAAAAAGUAUGAAGAGGAAACUCACCAACGGAUGUGUGCAGAGAACGAGUUUGUUAUGCUCAAAAAGGACGUGGACUGUGCCUACAUGAACCAAGCUGAGCUGGAAGUCAAGGUGGAGUCCCUCAUCCCAGAGAUCAGCUUCCUGAGGAGCAUGUAUGAGGCGGAAACGGCUCAGCUCCAAGCAUCCAUUUGGGACACCUCUGUUAUUGUGCAAAUGGACAACAGCCGGGGCCUGGACAUGGAUGACAUCAUUGCUGAUGUCAAAGCUCAAUAUGAAGACAUUGCCAAAAGGAGCCGGGCUGAUGCAGAGUCCUGGUACUACAGCAAGUAUGAGGAACUGAGAGAAACCGCUGGCAAACAUGACGACAGCUUGCGCAACACAAAGAAUGAAAUUAUGGAGCUGAAUCGGGUGAUUCAGAGACUGAAUGGAGAACUUGAAAACACCAAAGCCCAGAGAUGCAAACUAGAAGGAGCCAUUGCUGAAGCAGAGGAGCACGGGGAAGUGGCCAUCAAGGAUGCAAAGUGCAAACUCUCCGAGCUGGAGGCAGCUCUGCAGAAGGCGAAGGAGGACAUGGCCUGCCAGCUCCGCAAGUACCAGGAGCUCAUGAACGUCAAGAUGGCCCUGGACAUCGAGAUUGCUACCUACAGGAAGAUGCUGGAGGGAGAGGAAAGCAGGUGA